AUGACGUCACUUCGUGAUCAUCAGCAGAAGAUGGGGGAGAAGAAGUGGGUGACAGUUGGCGACACAUCCCUAAGGAUUUACAAAUGGGUACCAGUAACAGAGCCUAAAGUUGAUGAUAAAAAUAAGAAUAAGAAAAAAGGCAAAGAUGAAAAAUGUGGUUCUGAAGUAACCACUCCAGAGAACAGCUCCUCUCCAGGGAUGAUGGACAUGCAUGAUGACAAUAGCAACCAGAGUUCAAUAGCUGAUGCUUCCCCAAUAAAACAAGAAAACAGUAGUAAUUCAAGUCCAGCACCGGAGCAGAACCUCGCGACACAAGCAGACGGCACUGAAGUAAAGUCUGACGAAACUCAGACGGAAGCGAAGGAGCAGCCUGGUUCAGAAGAUACCUCCGAUGAACAGAAUUCACAGUCUUCAAUGGAAAAUUCCAUGAAUAGUUCAGAGAAAGCAGAAAUUCAGUCCUCUGGAGAAAAUGAUAUAGUUACAGAGGCGUCUAAAAACUCUCAGGACUCUGAAGGAGUGCCACCUUCUAAAAAGAUGAAAGUAGAGGCUUCCCAACAAAGUGUUGAAGAGAUUUAGACUAUAGAUUUUUCUGGUCAGUUUUUAUGUAAGGUACAUCAGUGGGCUUAAUUAUAGAACAACCUUACUUAAGCAUCUUCUCUUGGAUGAGGACAGAACUCCUAACUUUUCAAGUUACCAAGCAAAAAUCCAAGAAAGCCUAACAAAGGUUUAACUUCUCAGACACUGAAAACUUUUUCCUGUGAAACAAACAUUUGAGAACUUUUAAGUUACUGUCUCUGAAAUGGUUGGAGUAAACAACUCAGGA